AUGCCAAGUUUCCAGAAUACAUUUGGGGUCCAAAAUCCUGCCGAUCUUGAUGGUAUCGCUGCUAUGGGUUUAGCUUACCUUACUGCCAUAUUUUCUUCAUUGACUACAGGUUAUUUUAUCGAUCGAUUGGGAAGAAAAAAGAUAUUCUAUAUUGCAAGUAUAAUACACAUCACAGGCUCAAUAAUACAAGUCGCAUCAAACACGCUAUCAGUAUUUUUGGUGGGAAGAGGUGUUUCUGGAAUUGCCUUGGGCUUAUUGAUUCCACUAUAUCAAAGCGAAUUAGCAAAGGCAUCAAAUCGUGGUAGAAUGAUAUGCAUAUACCAAAUUGGCACAACAAUGGGUUCAUGUGUUGCCUUUUGGAUGUGCUUUGGUACCUUUUAUUUUUCAGAAAACAAUAAUUGGAAAAUACCUUUUGCUGUUCAAUUGAUCCCGCCACUAAUAAUGUUAUCCGGAUUAUGGGCUAUACCAGAAAGUCCUCGCUGGCUCAUUUAUCGAGAACAUUACGAUGAAGCAAAAUACAUACUCGAACAAUUACGCGACAAAACUGACGGUGAUAUGGAUGCGAGAAUGGAGUUUACCGGAAUUGUACAAGACGUUUCAUUUGACAAGAUAUACACCACAAACCCAUACACGGCAUUAUUUCAAACCGGCACCACAAACUACAGAAGACGAACCCUUCUUGGAAUCGGUAUCCAUGCUUUUACACAGCUUACCGGAAUCAAUGCACUAUUAUAUUAUCUUCCAGAUGUAUUAGAAGCCGCAGGAAUAAAAUAUAGACACACAGCAUUAAUUGGCAAUUGUGUGGGUGGAUCGGUUAGUUUCUUGGCCACACUUCCGAUCUUCUUUUACAUUGAUCGGCUAGACCGAAGAUUGAUUAUGACAGCCGGCGCAUUGGUCAUGGGGAUUUCACUCGUAGUCAUCUCGGCUGUUACGGCCCGAUUCGCAGAACGGAUUGUUACUCACGGCAGCGAUGUGUACCAGGGAAUGGAUUUCAGCUCGACAACAUAUUUGAGCAGCGAAGCAGCAACCUAUGUGAUCCUUGUAUUCCUAAUCAUAUUCUUCAGUGGAUUUUCGCUGAGUUGGGGAUCAAUGGGAUGGAUCUAUCCAGCAGAGAUUUACCCUCAAUUGAUCCGUGCUAAUGCAAUGGGUGUAACGACUGCAUCAAGUUAUCUUUUCAACCUGAUAAUUACCAUCAUAUCACCUUUCAUGUUUCGUAGCAUUCUGUGGGGUGCAUACUUGUUCUAUGGUUUGUUCUGUUUUAUAAUCAUAUGUGCCGUCCGUCGAUUCUACCCAGAGACAAAGAGAAAACCAUUGGAGGAAAUUAACCUGGUAUUCAGUGGGGCUUUGGUUGAUAAGCAACCAGGGGCUCAUCAUCCAACUACUGCAGCAGAGGCACUAUUGAGGAUGGAACAACUGCGAUACCGAGACAGGUGCCUAAAGUACGAACAGUCGAUCCAAGAGUUUGACGACAUGUGUCGUCCAACCAACCGUUUGAAUAGCACACCUUCGGGCUGUGUGUCUAUUAGCAUGCCGGAGGGUCGACCAUAUAGACCACCUCUUAAUCAAAUGACACCGAUAUCCGAACACUCGACUGAAGAACACAGUACUCUUAACAACCAUCGCCCUCUGAUUGUACCCCCAAAUUUGGAUACUGUUCAUCCGACCCAUACUUAA